AAUACCCACAAAACCACCACCACAACAUCAAUCUUCUCUUUAACGAAUUUCUCCCUAUGUCAAUCUAUAUUGAGCUUCGCAAAUAUAAAUUCAGCAAUUUCAUCCAAGUAUUCAAUAGAUCGGAAAAAAAUAAGAAACCGUCGGGAUCGAUAGUGUACGUGAGGGGGACCCUUCUUACAACCGAGCCUUCCUUGCGAGCUCACCAUCAUAAAACGACCCGUACACGUCGUUCAUUCUCGACCCCAUCGUGGCCAGGUGCCUGUGCCAACCAGCAUGUCUGUCGCACACACCGAAGCUUUUGUGCAUCUGUGAUCGUCUGGUUCGGAUAUACUAUUCAUCGUGCAUACCUAUAUUCGCAUGUAUGGUCGACGGUUGAAUACGAAAAAUGUGUAUGCGUAUACGUGCCUAACAGCCCUACGACAACCGUUAACAAUAUAUUCAAAGUAGUCCACCUACAUUUGAACUACCGAAAGAAAAUAUUUUUCGUGAAAACAAAGUUAUAACAUUCGUUAUGCUUAAAAUAAAUAUAAUUGCUGUCAUUAUUACAUAGAAUAAUUUAUUAUAAUUUUUUUGGACACUACAAUUAUUAUAAAGAAUGACGCACUAAUUUUUGAUUGGUAUAGAAAACCCACCUUUUCGGGAAGAUUUUUGAACUAUUGGUCCCAGCACCCGAUCUCACAAAAGAAAGGCACAAUUUUUAGUUUGAUUGACAGAGUGUUUUAUCUCUCACAUCCAGAGUUCCACAAAAGAAAUCUAAAUUUCAUAAUUAAUAUUUUAUUGGAG